AUGGACGAUUCCGACAUCUUCCCCGAGUUCGAGCAGGACAACAAUCCGCUGCUCCAUCAGCCCGCUCCGGCCCAUGCCUCCUCGGCCAAUUCCGGCGCCUCUGCCGUUCCUGGUAAAGUUACGCCACCAUCUUCCCAAACACGUACAACCAGUCCCUCGGGCCAGGCACUCCAAGACAGCUUUGUAGACUUCAGUAGUACUGCUCUAGUGAAUAACUCGCUCGGCCUUCUGCAGAAAAUCCGCCGUUUGUUGGCAGCAGGCCCCAAACUUAGCAUAGAUGUAGUUUCCAGCGAACUCCUAGCCGGGACCAAGGUGAUGGUGUAUGUGAUACAGUUGUCGCUUGAGAAAUUGGGUGGUCCAGUGAUUGUAAAAAGACGGUAUCUGGAGUUUAAGUCGCUUCGAGAUACCUUGGUGAAGCUCUUUCCUACGACGGUUGUGCCUCCGAUUCCCGAAAAGCAUUCGUUGCUCACGUACUUGAUCAAUUCUAUAGAUAGCUCGCGCGAGGUUUCGGUGGUGGAGGUGCGGCGGCGGCAAUUCGCCAAGUUCUUGCAGGAUGUGGUCUUUGAGGAGCUGAGCGCACAGCUUAAAGAAUGUCCAUUGUUUCUUAAAUUCUUGGAUCCUAACUAUGAGCUCGCGUGGGAAAAUGCGAUGCACGAGCCCCCCGUGAGCUUGCUUCCCCAGAACCUUUUGCUCGCUAAUCCAAAUGAUCCCACUGACCAGAAUGGGCUCUACUAUCUCAUGCCCCGAAUCGCUGGCUUUGAUAUCAAUGCGCCCGAUAACCUUCCUGCGCUCCGUAAAAUUAAUGACGAUCUUCAUAAGCUCUAUGGAGAUGUCAGUCUAUAUAAUCUGAAAGAGACCCGCAAUGGUGGACUGAAACACAUGACAGAAGACUUCAGCAAUAUCCCCACAGAACUCGUCAACUUUGAAACGAACUUCCAUCAGAAUAUCCGAGUGCUCAGUGAAAUGCAUAAGCUCAACAAUAAGAAUGUUCGCAACUUGGAGCUGAUGAUCAAGGUGCUAAUCGAGUUGGGCGCCAAUCUCAACAACUUCUCGCUUCAGAUACAUGAGAUGGUCAGCGUGGACAACAACAAGCUAUCCAAUGCUGUAGAGAAAUUCGGGUCAACUCUCGACUCUAGUUUUCUCAACUUCGAGCACUUCUUGUACGCUCAUGUCACUCCAGCAUGGGAAGAACCCAUCACUCAAUUCAUCCAAUACUACUUCUCUGCAUUACAACUCAUCAAAUUCUACAAGUAUAAGCUUCUACAAUACAAGCUUCUAUACAAGCUCAAAUUCAGCAAGGUUCAAGAGCUUGCAAGCUUCACAUACAAUCAACAGUCCAUCCAACGACUCAAGGAUUUGGAUAUCGACAGUCCGUCUAUUCAAUCAGCCAUUCGGCGCAUUGAGUCCAAGCUGAAGCUCAAGAGCAGUCAAGCCGGGAAGUCUUGGUACGGACUCUUCGGAGGUAACAAAACAGCAUCGUUUACUCUACCAGAUGAUCGUUCAAGUCUCCACUCACAGGCAUCUAUGGAAGCAAGCAGUACGCUUCUAUCGGGCGAAGGGUCACCAGACAGAAACAUUCAGAGUCGUAUUGAGCAUAUCGAAAAGGAGCUUGACAAGCUCGACCAACUCAUUAAUCUAUUUAAUGGCGACUUGAGUAAACUCACAUCUUCUUUGGAGAUCAACCUACAGGAAUAUCAGGAUAAAAUGGAGAAAAAAUGGCUUACGGUAAUGUUGGCGCUCGUGAAGGCCGGAACACAAUUGUUCGAGGAGAAUUUAGCGUGUUGGCGGGAGUUCAAGAGCAGUUUUGGCGAGAUCGACAGGGUCGAUAUCACUGAACUGAUUAACAAUCUCGGUAGCGCUCUAUCAAAGUGA